ACUGGCCGAUCCAUAAUGGCCUCCCCAUCCAGUUCUCCCAGGCUACCAAGCCCGCCGCCUAUCGCCGAAGACCAGAUCUCGCCCAGCGCAGGCCUCGACAGCGAAGAGAGGAUGCUAGGAGCCUCGCACAAGGCUGACGUCGAUGCUUCGAGGAGGAUCAGACCCGGCACGAGGGCUGAAGAUAUGCAAGAGGGUCCCCCGCUGGUCGAACUCCACCAAUCGACCGAGGAAUUUGGUUGUAUGAGCUGUGUCGCUUCCCUUACACAAAAAGCAAACAUGAUGGCCUGCGGUCUCUUCGCCGACGAUCCUCCUUGCUCGGCUGCCACAUGUCCCGAGAUGCGCGCAAGCGAAUGGCAGUACCUCUGCGCCGCCCACGAACCCCCCAAGUCAUGUUGCGCCAUCGACUACUGCUGCCACACUCUCGACUGGUGCGCUACCGCUCUGACCUCGACCAAGCUAUUCCCCAGCAGACUCGGUCUGGGCACCGAGACGCUCUCGGCCCAAGCACAGAUCCGUAAAAUGACCGAAGUCUUCCGCCGUGUAUAUCGUAUCUUUGCCCAUGCCUGGUUCUCUCACAGAGACGUCUUUUGGAGAGUCGAAUCCAAGACAGGAUUGUACCUGCUGUUCAAGACUGUCUGCGACGAGUAUCGCUUGAUCCCCGAAGACAACUACACCAUUCCUCCCGAGGCAGAGGGCAUCGAGACCACUCCCGUUGCUACUCGUGCUGCUCCCAGCAUAUUACAGCGAGAUUCUGCCGACCCUGAGCCCGCCGGAAACCUCACACUUGCCACUGGAAACACCACAAAGAGACACAGACACACCAUGAGUCACGAUCGUUCUGUGUCUGUUUCGACUGUCAUUCACGAAGAGGUGGAAGAGGAUGAAGACAGCGAGCAACCUACUGGACAUGGUCCUCUCCUGCUCACACGAGUCGAGACUGCCCGACACGACGAAGAACCCGCUGGCCAACAAGAAGAAGAUCAGGAGAAAGAGCAAGAGAUACCCGCCGAAGAUCCUCCACCAUAUCCAGAAAGCUCUGCUGCAGAGCAACCCGAGAAAUCACAAUCCGAAGAACAAGAGCCAACCAGCAAGACUGAGACUGAUGCAGCAGAAGCUUCCAGUUCACAACACACGUCAGAAACCGCGUCGGAAGGCAAGAACGAGACUAGCGAAUACCCUGCUAGUGAUCCUCCUUCUUAUGCCGAUGUAGCUUCGGCUGCCAGCACUUCAGAGACACCAGACGAUAAUGCUUCUGCAUCUGCCGCGGCAGAGGAAUCGACCACAGAGUCAGCAUCGCCUGUAAACGCAGAAUCGCAAGAGAUGACCGAGCAAGAAACCACCAAGGAUACAGAGGCAGAGUCAGAGCCCAAGACCGAGACAGAACACAACGAUGUGCCAGCAAAAGAGUUUGCUGUCGAGGCAGAGGACGAAGCUGCUCCCGAGCCUUCGCAGGUCGCCAAAGCCGAUGCUGCUGACGAGACAGAGGCAACAAAGACUGUUGCCGACUGA